AUGGAAGUUUCUCCUCGACUCCUUGUGGGGGGAGCUCCCAUGAGGCAGCGGUGCCUUCGUGUAAAGCACAUUCUCUUCAGUGAUUUGGGAUGUGGUGAGGAACUUAAUGCACAAACACGCGAUGAAAUUUUUUUGAUGGGUGUGAAUUAUCUGAAGAGCGGAUUAAGUGUUUGUGAGAUGCAAGAUUUUAGCCGUUUAUGCGAAAAGAAAUGCUUCCAGCUACCGGAAGGUUGUGUACUAUCUGUUGAAGAUGAAGCUACUGUUUUGGCCCGGGCUGAUGCCGCCAUGCAAGAUGCCCUCUCAGUUUCAGAGCAUCAAGGAGAGGAUUCCUUAUCUGGGACGCCAAAUAGUUUCUCUAUGGGACCCAAAAGAAGUCGACUAGAAGCAGUGGGAAUGCGUGAACUGCGGGCUAAGAUGCGAAUGGCAGAAAUUCUGGCAGAUAUGCAUGACUAUGAUGCAAUGAAUAAGACUCUUAGGGGUUUAUUCUUGGAGGUUCACUCUAUUCAAGAAAUGACUAUAAAUUCACAGACAGUGGAUUCUGUUUUAUUAGAACUGGAGAUAGUCCGUCGUAGUGUUGAGCUUUCCCUGGGGGCUGGUGCUUUGGAGAUUGUUAAAACUCUUGUGGGAAACUCAAUGGUUUCCCUUAUCGAACACGCUUCUCGGUGCAUGCUGGCUGCACAGGGUGGAGGUUUCUCGCAUGUUGCGUUACAGCAACACCAACGUUCAGAGGAAACAGUACGAGAGAUUGAAGAACACGUUUUGUUUUUUUCCAUUGUACGAGCCCUGUGCAUGUUUGAAGAUUGCAACUUUGAUGGAUUUGCGCGUGUUUUCACCGCAAAUGGUUUGCGCGGCGCUAAGUGGGCUCCUCUUUCUGAGGAACUUAUUACAAAGCAUGGUACUGCAGAGGUUGCGUCUUCACUUGGAGCACGCAUAAAUACCCCCGGAUCAUUACCAGCAAUUCGUCACCUACGAGAUUUUGUAGAGGAAUUCAUUACAUCAGGAGUUCAUCUUGGUGUAAUGGUACUGUUUUCCGCUUUUGCAGCAUUACCACGCAUGGAGGCUAUGGAACUGAUAAUUCAGGUUGACGUUCGACAACUUUGGGAGGAUGUACCUGAGGCAUGUACACUUGUUCAGGUAUUAGAGGAAGCUAGGUUUGCUGAGGCUUUGAGUUUAGCGUCUAAAUUAGCUUCUUCUUUUCUAAAAACAGAUAUAUUUGCAUGUAAGUAUGGCGAACUUCUCUUGCAUCAGUUUCAACAGGCUGUCGUGACAGAGUAUGUUAGUAGCUUCACUACUAUAGACGUACGGAAAGCUGCCUUGCGGCUCUCCAUUCCAGAGAAAGAUUUACAACAACUUUUGCACCUGUUGAUUCUGGAGGGUCGUCUCUCGGCGAAGAUGGAUCUUGUUGCACUUGUCUUAACGAGAAAAGAAACUUGUGGGGACCUUGUAGACGUGUCGUGUCAGUGUUCCACUCUCCUAGAAUGCAUUAGUCAGAGUGACAAUUGUACUUCUGUUGUCGAACAGUCUUUGCGCGUUUUGUCCUUACACCGGAAUCGUACGUGGUAG